AUGGAGUCUCGGAUCUGGCGUGGUCCUCUGACUCGACUUACAUCUGCUCUGCUUCGGACGAUCGGACCCUCCGAAUCUGGGAUGCACGCUCCGCGGAGGUCUUUUGAUGAUACGGUUCGGAUUUGGGAAGUGAAAACGAGUAAAGCUUUCAUCCGGGCACAUUCGAUGCCAGUUACAUCUGUCCAUUUCAAUCGGGAUGGAUCAUUGAUUAUUUCGAGGAGUCAUGAUGGUUCGUGUAAAAUUUGGGAUGCCUCCACCGGCGGCCUUUUGAAGACGCUAGUUGAUGAUAAAGUCUCGGCUAUGUCUUAUGCCAAGUUCUCACCGAAUGGGAAGUUCAUUCUUGUUGCUACCCUGGACGAUACUCUCUUACUCUUCAUUUCAUCAUCCAUUAUGGAACCCACAAAAAUCCACGAAGAUGAAGAUGAAGAUGAAAUGUACGAAGACGAAGAUGACCAUCCAUCAGAUAUUGCAAUCCAUAUUCGAGGCUCUCUUCCCCAACCUAUGUAUGGGAAAUGUGAAAAUGUUGAGUGA